AUGGAAGCGUUGGGAGUAAUUUGGGAAGUUGCAAAAUGUUUGUUCAGUUGCACAAAUGCACAAGCUGCCUAUAUUUAUAAAUUACAAGAAAAUCUGGAAUCACUGAACAAAAAAUGGGAUGAUCUUCAAAACAAGGAAAAGGAUGUGCUAACAAAAAUUGAUAAAGAUGAGAGCACAGGAGUGAUGAAAAGGACAAAUGAAGGGAUUGGUUGGCUUCAGGAAUUUCAAACACUUCAAGAGAAAAUGAUGAAGGCUAAUCAGUAUGGUCAAGAGUUUCAAAAUAACAGAUGUCUGAAUGGUUACUGCCCAAAGAACUUUGUGUCAAGCUACAAGUUAGGUAAGGAAAUUGUUGAGAGGCUCAAUGAGGUGAAUGCCAUGCUUUCUAAAGCUGAUAAGACGCAGUUUACUAUUGAGCAACCACCUAAACCUGUUGAUGAGAUGCCUUGUGGUGAGACUAUAGGCUUGGACUUGAUGUUCAACAAAGUAUGGAAAAGUCUUGAAGAUACUAAUGUGGGAAUAAUUGGUUUAUAUGGAAUGGGUGGCGUCAGAAAAACUACCGUUAUGAAGAGAAUUCACAGUGAAUUAGGAAAGAGGGAGCAUAGUUUUGAUAUAGUGUUGUGGGCAGUGGUUUCUAAAGAUUGUGAUAUCAAUCAAAUCAUGACUGACAUCAGCAAUAGGUUAGGGAUUGAUGAGAAUUUUUGGAAAAGAAGUAGUCAAGAGCAAAGAGUAGCGAAGAUUCAUGAACGGUUGAAAGGAAAGAAGUUUGCGUUGAUGUUAGAUGAUUUAUGGGGAAAGCUAGAACUACAGGCGAUAGGAGUUCCGAUCCUGAAAGAAAGUAACAACAAAUCAAAAGUUAUGUUCACAACACGGUUUGAGGAUGUGUGUGCUAAAAUGAAAGCGGAAACAAAACUGGAAGUCAAAUGUUUAUAUGAUAAAGAAGCAUUUGAAUUGUUUUGUAACAAAGUAGGCGACGAGACAUUAAAAUGUCACACAGAGAUCCCGAAGCUAGCACAUGAAAUGGCUAAAGAAUGCGGAGGAUUGCCGCUAGCAUUAAUCACUGUGGGAAGUGCCAUGGCUGGGGUGGAAAGUUAUGAUGCUUGGAUGGAUGCGAGAAAUAAUUUGAGGAGUUCUCCUUCUAAAGCCUCGGAUUUUCUAAAAGUUUUUCGAAUCCUCAAGUUUAGUUAUGACAAACUUCCAGAUAAGGCGCAUAAAAGUUGCUUCUUGUACUGUGCAUUGUACCCAGAAGAUUUUGAAUUAGAUGUUGAUGAACUUAUUGAUCGAUGGAUGGGUGAGGGAUUUCUCGAUAAAGAUGGUAAAAGUAUAUAUGAUAUGUACAAUCAAGGGAAAUCUAUUAUUGAAAAAUUAAUACUUUCAUGCCUAUUAGAGGAGGGGAUUGUUACUAAAUUUAACUUUGUGACUGGUUGGUACAGUAGGGUAUUUAAGAUGCAUGAUGUGAUUAGAGAUAUGGCACUAUGGUUAACUCGAGAUGAAGAUGAAAACAAAGACAAAAUUGUAGUUCAAGGGGAAGCAAUUUCCAUUUCGGAAAUGGAUUCUAAAAGAUUGAAUGUUGUAGAGAGGAUUUCAAUAAUAAGUACUUGGGAUUCAAAAGAAAGCUGGAAGAUACCAACUUGUCCGAAUCUCAUUACCCUUUGUUUAAAUUUAGAAAUAGAGUAUAUUGAUCAUGCUUUAUCAAUGAAUUUCCAAUCCAUAAAAAAGCCGAGAGUGUUGGAUUUAUCAAGGAAUCGUUUUAUUAAUCUGUCCGCAGAAAUAGGCGAGUUAAUCAACUUGGAAUUCCUUAACCUCUCAGGAACAGGAGUAUUUGCGCUGCCUAUUGCAUUGAAGAAGUUGAAAAACUUGAGGGUAUUUCUUUUGGAUGGUAUGCUUCGCCUUGAAGUCAAAAACAUUCCUAUGGAAGUGAUAGAGAGUCUAGAACAAUUAAAGGUAUUUAGAUUUAGUAGUUAUUACAGAUCUUUACAAGAAGAAGAGAUAUCAUUACUGGAGAAGCUUGAAUCAUUACCAAAAUUGGAGGCACUGAGCGUCCAAUUAAGAAACUUCACUAGUGUGCAGAGAUUAUUUGACUCCACCAAAUUACGAGAUUGCUCUAGAUACCUUAUGAUUUAUGAUUUGGAAAAGGAGGGGUCACACUCACUUGAAAUGUCUUCAUUAUUAACAUCCAUGACGGAAAUGAGACAUUUGGACCGCAUAUAUCUUUCAUGCAUUCACCACCUUAUGGAUGGUUCAUCGAUUGCUGACAAAUACCUUCUUAGCAAGCUUCGCCAAGUGUGCAUACAUUAUUGUUGUUCAAUAACUCAUUUGACAUGGUUGAGGUAUGCUCCGCUUCUCGAGGUCCUUUCUGUUUCUGAUUGUUAUUCAAUUGAAGAGGUGGUGAAAGAAGCUAAAGAUGGUGAACAAGCUGGCUAUGACUCCAACAAUGACAUGAUAUUCAAAAAUCUUAAAGAUCUUUGCCUUCAUAAUAUGCGAAAUCUAGUGAGCAUCCACAAGAGAGCUUUGAAUUUUCCUUCCCUAAAACGUAUUAUGGUUAAAGGUCACUGCCCCAAUCUGAGGAAGCUUCCUUUGAAUUCCGGCUUUGCUUCCAAGAAUAAUCUGGUCUUGAUUCAAGGAGGGACCAAGUGGUGGGACAAUUUAGAGUGGGAUGACAAUAUUAUUCCAACCUUACUACGUCCUAAGUUUGAAGCAGUGCUGUAUUAA